AUGGAGUCAACCCGUAUGGAAGUCAAAAGUAAAAGUCUCUAUCAAACAUAUUGGCUUUAUUGGCGACUUUUGGGCGUCGAGGGCGAUUAUCCUUUCAGAUGGUUACUGGAUUUGGCGAUCACCUUCUUCAUCACCACUUGGUACAACGUGCAUUUAAUACUCGGACUCUAUAAUAAGCCGGCCGUAGAAGUCCUAAGGAAUCUGUAUUUUACAACAGAAUGUAUCUUCUGCAGCUUUAAAUUCAUCUGUUUUCGUUGGAAACUUUCGGAUAUUAGGGAAAUCGAAGGAUACCUUCAGGAUUUGGAUAGCAGAGCUGAUAAUGAAGAAGAACGCCGGUACUUUAAUCGAAGUCCACGAAGUGUGGCCCAAACACUCUCGAAAAGCUAUUUAGUGGCUGCUAUAUCAUCCAUAAUCACUGCAAUCGCUGCCGGCUUGUUUAGUAGUGGUCGAAAUUUAAUGUAUGCGGGCUGGUUUCCUUAUGACGUUCAAGCCAGCGCACUAGUCUUUUGGAUUAGCUUCACAUAUCAGGCUGUUGGGUCAAGUAUGUUGAUUUUGGAAAACCUUGCCAACGAUUCAUAUCCCCCAAUAACAUUUUGUGUGGUCACUGGACAUGUGAGACUUUUGGCUAUGCGAUUGAGUCGAAUUGGACAAGAUGAGAAGAUAUCAAUGGCUGAAAAUAAAAGAAAACUUAUCGAAGGAAUAAAGGACCACAGAAAGCUAAUGCGAAUAAUUUCCUUGCUUCGUAGAAUUUUACACCUUACCCAACUGGCCCAGUUCCUUUCUAGUGGAAUCAACAUUGCAAUAACGCUGAUCAAUAUCCUUUUCUUUGCGGAAAAUAAGUUUUCGAUGACUUACUAUGCUGUGUUCUUUGCAGCCAUGUUUAUAGAACUAUUUCCAAGCUGUUACUACGGAACUCUGAUGAAGAUGGAGUUUGACAAAUUGCCCUACGCCAUUUUCUCAAGCAAUUGGAUUAAAAAAGAUAACGAUUACAAACGAUCCUUAAUAAUACUGAUGCAGUUCAUGAUUGCUCCGGUGGAUAUUAAAGCAGGCGGUAUCGUUGGCAUCGACAUGAGUGCAUUUUUUGCCACGUGCCGUUUGGCCUAUUCCUUCUUCACCUUAGCCUUGUCGUUCCGAUCCUAGGAGUAGGACAGUACUGUAAAAAGGUGUCCCUAAAGAACUUUUUAACAAAGCUUGACAAAAGUAUUAAAAGUUAGUAGCUUAAUGACUAUAUAACUCAUGCUAUUAUCCUA